UGGUGACAUAAACAACAGUUAAGACCGUUUUUCUAUGUUUCUAGCUUGUAGGACUCAAUUAAAGACGGCACUUUGUUUUAUAGAUCGUGUUUACUAAUGAAUUUGAACUGAAACUGAUCUGUUUCUCAAUAUAUAAGAAAAUGGAGAUCGGAGAGAAGCUCAAAGAGUUAAACUUGUCAUCAGAGGAAAUGGGAAGAAUUACCAACGCCUUCAAAGACGGUAAAUUUAGGGAGAUGUUGCGUGAAUACGUCCAAGAUAUGUCUGACCCUGAGAACAUGAGAAAAUACGAGGAGGAAAUCCAACAGUGGGAGCAGGAGAGAGGAAACACAGUGGAGUUCAUCCAGCCUUCCCCUUUCAGGGUGAUCAGAAUCAGCAACGCUGCAAAGCAGAAAUGCUUCAUCAACAUCUGCGCCAAUGACAAGAUCCACACACCCCAGGCAAAGAGUGCUGUGUCAGAGGAUGGCCGCAGGGGGCAGUGUUGGAGCCUGCCUCACAGUCUUCAACCAGGGAGGACAGACAGAGACACUAAAGGCAACACAUAUGUGAUCUAUGAUGUUAUUUUCCACCCUGACACGCUGCACAUGGCCUCUAAAAACAAAGCAUUCAUGGAAAUGGUCUACGAUGCUGCUAUUGAUGGAGUCCAACGAGCAUUUAAAGUACAUCUAGACAAAAAUAAGGUGAAGGAAAUGAAGACAAAAUACAAGGGUACCCCUCAGCCAUGUGUCAUCCGAAGACCCAUACCUGGAUUCAAUCCCCAGAACAGUACCCCUGAGGAUCUGGCAUUAACAGACAACAGAGCCGCUCAAAACCAGAGCUUCCAGUUCCAAUCACAGAAGAACCAGGAUCCGGUUAAGCCAAACUACACCGUAAAAUAUCGAUCUAUGGUGGAUUUACAGGAUUUCAGAUGUUCUAGAGACUCUGUGCAGAGCCCCAGGCCUAAAGAAAUUCUGAUCACUAUUGACCUGCCACUCCUGACGUCAGUCAGAGACACUAACCUUGAGGUAAAGGAGAAAAGUCUGCUGCUGGAGUCCAAACAACCAGCCUACAAACUGUAUCUCCCUUUAGCUUAUCCCGUGGAUGAAGACCAAGGAGAGGCCAAGUUCAACAAACACACAGGAAAGCUCAGUGUGACCCUGCCGGUCCGUCCACCUGAUGACGCUCUCCGUCAUCAUGAUGGACUCAAGAAAGAUAGCGAGAGUCAAGCAGAGCAAAGUGAGGUUGAAGAGGAACAAACCGAACAAGAGGUUUAUGAGAAGAACAAGGAAGAGGUUAAAUCAUAUGAACAGGCGGAAAGGAAUCAGGAAAAAGGACUGGUCAAAAACUGUGAUGAGGAACAGAAAAGUGGAGGAAAUGAUCAGCAAAUAAAGAGAGAACAGCAUGAAACAGAGGAGGAAAAAACAGGAACAGAGCUUCCAAAGCAAGAGAGUUUACAAGUGAGCAAUGAGGAGGAAGCUGGGCCAAAGACAAUACAGGAAACUAAAAGCCAAAGUACUGAGGAGAGAUCAGCUGUGGCUAAAGAUCAGAUAGAAGAUGAACCUGUUAGGAAAACAGGAGUUCAUGCUCCAGAAACUGUAGCUGUCAAAAUAGCAUCGACCUUUACUGAAAAUCAGGAAGUGUUAAUAUCUGACAAACAGACCAUUGACUCAGAAGAUAACAAAGAAGUUAGGCCAAGCACAAGUUUGGAAUCUACAUCCAAUAUAACAUCUUUUGAUGACCGGGAGGGAACUGGAAAGGAUGAACAAGGUGCUUCUCUUCAGCUACUUCCAUCCUUUGGAGAACCCCAGAUUUCUCCUGAAGUGUCUUUCCCUCCAACUGAGAGCAGUGUGGGGGAAGCCUGCCUCUCUGGGAGGUCGGUGGAGUCCAGCCAGGCUUUUAUCACAGCUGCAGUGGAAAAAGGAAAGGAAACAGAUGAAGAUGACCUGCCAGCACCUCCAGCUGCCCAGACGUCGGAGAAGAACAACGAUCCACCAGCAGCCGUGAUGCUGAGGGAAAUCGAUGCCGAUGGAAAAGAGACCCUGAUCAAUGAUCACUCCACAUCUGCUGGUUUUAUUUUCCAGAACAAAAUUAUGUAUGAACUGGACUGAUGCUCUGUGUUUUACAGGGAAUGAAGGAAUUUGAUGCAGAAUCCUUUGGGUUUUUUUUCUG